AUGGCAAACCGGCUCAGCCACUACGAUGCAAUACUGAACACAGCGGACCCUUACAACGACUUCAACCGCCCGAAGACCGCCGCCGACAAGAAGAAAGACUGGAUCGGGAAACGCAAUACUUGGAUUGAAGCGGCCACCGGAGGACCGCUUCCGAAGCCUCGUGUAUUUCUGCAGCACCACCGUUUAGUUUGUACGGCACACGUCUGA